GAAAGGAAAGCCAGAGUGAGGCACAGAAUAAGGGAGCAGCAGACAGCAUCCAGGGCAAGAAAACACUUGGAAGAUGCUGCUGCUGCUGUUGCUACUCCUGGGGGCUGCUGCAAGCAAAUGUCUACAUGAUGAGACACAGAAGUCUGUGAGCCUUCUCAGGCCCCUUUUACCCCAACUUCCCUCAAACUAAAAAAUUCCUCCUUCCCUGCGUGGCUCCGUUGAUCCUCAACCCCUCCGAAUCCAAACCUGCUAUGUAAGAGACCCUGUGUCAGAUGGAGCUUGGGAUCUGGAGGGAGACGGGAUGAGUCGGGAAUCCCAAGUCCUGGCCGCAGUGAGAGAGGCUGCUCAGCGACUCCAGGGCGUCCUAGCAGUGAAAGGACCCCUGCUUCUGAGUCGAGACCCUGCACAGUACUGCCAUGCUGUCUGGGGAGACCCAGAUACUCCAAACUACCACAGGUGUAGCCUCUUGAACCCAGGGUACAAAGGAGAGAGUUGUUUGGGGGCAAAGAUCCCUGAUGCCCACCUCCGCGGUUAUGCCUUGUGGCCAGAGCAGGGUCCUCCACAACUGGUCCAGCCAGAUGGGCCUGGGAUCCAAAACGCUGAUUUUCUUCUCUAUGUGCGGGUUGCCCAUACUUCCAAGUGCCACCGAGAGAGUUUGGGUGGGGGUGAAAACCCCUCUAAGCUAUUCUUCGGUACCACCCCUGGUCUUUCAUUUUCGGGAAGAUUUUUUUCUGUGUUACCUCACUUCUCUCCUUUCCACCCCUACCUUGUCUUGACCUAUCCACAGCCCUCUGUUAUUGCCUAUGCUGCCUGCUGCCAGCUGGACUCAGAAGACAGACCCCUUGCUGGCACCAUUGUCUACUGUGCCCAGCAUCUCACCAGCCCCAGCCUCAGCCAUAGUGACAUCAUCAUGGCCACACUACACGAAUUGCUCCAUGCCCUGGGUUUCUCUGGACAGCUCUUCAAGAAGUGGCGGGAUUGCCCCUCAGGACCUAGUGUUCGAGAAAACUGUUCUACAAGGCAACAGGUGACAAGGCGAGAUGAGUGGGGACAGCUGCUUCUCACCACUCCAACUGUUAGCCACAGACUGGCCAAACACUUGGGAGUGCUAGGGGUUUCACUUGGUGUCCCCUUGGAAGAAGAGUAGGGCCCUUUGUCUUCACACUGGGAGGCCCGUCUGCUCCAGGGAUCUAUAAUGACUGCUACCUUCAAUGGUGCCCAGCGCACUCGACUAGACCCAAUUACUCUUGCUGCCUUCAAAGACUCAGGCUGGUACCAAGUCAACUACAGCGCUGCAGAGGAGCUGUUGUGGGGCCAGGGAUCUGGCCUGGAAUUUGGCCUGGUGACCACAUGUGGGACUGGCUCCUCCGACUUCUUCUGUACUGGCAGUGGACUGGGCUGUCACUAUCUGCACCUGGACAAGGGAAGGUGCUCCUCAGACCCCAUGCUGGAAGGCUGCCGCAUGUAUAAGCCCUUGGCCAACAGGAGUGAAUGCUGGAAGAAGGAAAAUGGAUUCCUACCUGGAGCAGAGAAUCCCCAUGGGGAGAUCUACCAUUCCCAGAGUCGUUGCUUCCUUGCCAACCUCACGUCACAACUGCUCCCUGGGGACAAGGCCAGGCAGCGCUCUCACAUCCCACAUCUGAAGGAAGCAGAACUCACUGGCCGAUGCUACUUACAUCAGUGCACAGAGCGGGGAGCUUACAAGGUGCAGGUGGAGGGAUCCCCUUGGGCCUCAUGCCUUCCAGGAAGUGCUAUUCAGAUACCUGGGUACUAUGGUCUUCUCUUCUGUCCCCGGGGUCGGCUGUGUCAGACUAAUGAAGAUACAGAUGCUGCUACUUCUCCACCUGUGAAUCUUUCAACCCAAGACCUCUUAUUCCAGCUGUGUUUAGGAUUAGCUGGGGCCCCAGGCCACUCCCUGGGGAAGGAAGAGAGAGAAGAGUUCACUGAAGCAGUCCUACAGGCUCUGGUGAGCAGAGGAGGCGUUGAAAGGUGCUAUUUCCACAGCCCCUCAAUUACCGCUAGUCUGGUGUUCAGCGUGCGCAUGUGGAAGUCCCCUGGUUGCCAAGGGCCUUCAGUUGGUAUGCUGCACAGGGCUCUGACUCUGACUCUACAGAAGCAGCCUCUAGAAGUUUAUUAUGGAGGAGCCAGCUUUACCACAGAAUACAGCAAGUUGCUGUUUACCUCAGGCCAUAAUCCCUCCAGGACUUGUCUAGGUCUGUCCAUGGGACUGUGCCUAAUGCUUCUCAUCCUGGUGGGUGCACUGGGAACCAUGAUCUAUCAGAAACGAGCUACUCUUCAGGUGGGACCAUCCACCCCUUACCAUUCAUCAGAACUCCAAGGCACAAGGGGCCCAGUUGGAGGAAUAAGGGAGGUAUGAUGUUAACUAGGGCAUGAUGAAGGCAGGACAGAGAUUAU